AUGGAAAAGUACAAGACGCCGUUCGACCUGCGCGUGGACGAGCGAUCGUUCUACGGCGGCGAGGGCGGUGGGGAUAAAUCGCGCGCCGGUUCCGGUGGGCUCGCGCGCGUCGGACGCGUGGGAGUGCACAACGGACAGCGGUUGAACCAAUUUCUGCGAGACGUGGCGCGCGCGGCGGCGGCGCAUAAAUCGAACGCGGCGUUCUCCAAAGAACUGGCCAAGACGGGGGACAACGCGCUGAAGGAGAAGAUCCACGUGUGUUUGGUGUACGAUGACGGCGAUCGAGGCGAGCGGAAGCGGCUGAGCGUGGACGAUGGGACGAAUUUUGGGCAGGUGCUCUCUCGUCACUCGCCCAAGACGGCCUUCUUCUCGGCGCAUCGUAGAUUGUCGAAGUAG